AUGCCAUCAGGGACAAACAGGGCAAUGGAAGGGCUGUUCACAGCAGUCAGGACCCUACAGAUAGCACCUGUCGAAACGGCAAAGGCAGUGCAGGUCACCGUGGAAGGCACAGCUUCCAUGGUGGGCCAGGCAUUCCAGAGCUGCACAGAAACUGUGAAGGCUGCGACUGAGGAAAGCAUUCAGCAACUGGCCGAGUCCACCAGGAAUGCAAAGGACCCUUGGGGCCGCGUGCAAUGGCUGUGGGACCGCCCACCGGUGAAAAGGCUGCGCAUCACCAUCUCCAUGGCCCAGUGGACUGUCCGCCUGCCGGCCCUGCUCGCCCUCAUCGCCACACAGGUGGGCCUGGUGGCGAGCCAGUUCAGCCUGCCGAUGCUGGCGCCGCUGCUGUUUGGUACGGGCAUCCUGCUGCGCUCCAUCCGCACCAACGCGUCGCUCAUCUUCCCGCGCAUCGGCGUCGUGGUCGUGCUGCUGUGGAUGCUCUGGUUCGCCAACAGCGUCGUGCAGAACACCGCAGUGUACCUGCGCCGUCAGGGCGGCCUGGAUCACAGGGUGUCAGGGGCCAUCAUCACGGCCAGCGAGUGUGCUGCACUGCUGGCAGCAUUUGUCAUCGUCCUGUCCAUGUUGGGAGUCAACGUGAAUGCCCUGCUCCUGCCGGCCGGCGUGGCGCUCGCCUUUGCAGCCAAGGACCUCUCCCACAACUUCCUUGCAGGAUUCUUCCUGUUUGCAGUGCAGCCGUUCAAGCUGGGCGACAGGGUGGCUGUGAGCUACUCAACACCAUCGGCAGGGAAUAGGACAGCCUGGUUUGAAGGCGUCUGUGAGAAGGUUGACCUGCGGUACACCAUUGUGAAGAAUGGGCCGCGGCGGCUCUUUGUCCCAAAUAGCGCUUUCCUGACGCGGGAGUUCAUGGUGGUGGACGAUCCCUCCAACAAAACCAAGCGCGAUCUUGGCGCAGAGGAAGAGUUUGAGAUGCACGGCCCCCAGCCGCCCCUUGAGCCGGGCAUGUGGCGGAUACCAUACUUCAGGGGAGGCAUGGAAGGCAUGCAGCAGCAGGAGCACUUGGCUCAGCAGCAGCAGCAGCAUGCGCCGGCUGGCUCGAUGAAGCCUGCAAAAGGGAAUGAAUAUGGGCGUCAGCCAGCUGGGGACCAUGUGCGCGAAGCUGCUGGCCCUUCUGGAGAAGAUGACACCAGCGAGGGAGCUGCAGGGAGCAACAGCAGCAUGCAGCAGCCACAGCCGCAACAGCAGCGCAGCACGGCCGAUGUGAGUGGCCCGCAGCAUGCAGGCUAUUACUACAAUUAUGACUCAUCGGCGCCCGGCUUGCCACAGCAAUACUGGGGCCCCUCAGCCUACCCCACCGGCUACCCCCCUCCUGGCUGGACCCCUUCGAUGCCCAACAGGUAG